CCGACGACCAACGGGAUGUCCACCGUGGUCACCAUCAAAAAUGAGACCCCCGUGCGUGACCACGUGGUCUGGUCCCUGUUCAACACAAUCUUCAUGAACUACUGCUGCCUGGGCUUCAUCGCGUUCACCUGCUCCGUGAAGUCUAGGGACAGGAAGAUGGUGGGCGACGUGAUCGGGGCCCAGAGCUACGCCUCGACCGCCAAGUGCCUCAACAUCUUCGCCCUGGUCCUCGGCAUCGUUCUGACCAUCAUGUUCAUCAUCCUUUGCAUCGCGGCUCCAGUAGUAAUUGCAGAUAUGAUUCAGCUGAUGAAAGAGUCUUUCCAGCACUCAUAGUCGAUGGCCGUGGCCUGCAGCCGUGUCCACCCCCACUGCUGGCCUGUCCCCGGGGCCUCCGGGCCUGCCCCUUGCUUUAUACAGCCGCUUCGACUCGCUCUGACUGCAGUGGGAUUCAAUAAAGUGCACGUGUUUGCA